GAAGCAUAUCAGGACGAUUUUGCCGCCGGGAACAAUGGACACUCUGCGUCAGACGAGCCAAAGCUGGAAUACGAACAGAUAAUCGUUGUUGACAGUACCGAUGGUCUGGGACCCAGUUCGUCGAGUGCUGCUGUGGACUCAAGGUUGAUCUUCGAUGCUUGGGAGACGUUCGUUCCAGACGGCGACUCCCUCUCCUUCAGAUGGUCUCAAUGGAUCGAGCCGUCGACGAAGCAUUCAACGAUAGAAGAGAAUGUGGUCCAGUGGGGCUUCAACACGGAGUCCGGGAAACAAAGUUGUGUCUCUUUGGUCUCUCUCUCUCUCGUCUCCGACCGCGAAGGGAGGGCGGUUGUAAGUGAUAAGGAUGGUAGCCAGACCCUGCAUCUGACUCUGCAGGUGGCUGAUCCGGAGACUCCACCGCUAACGAGCUAUACAGCGAUUCAGGUCUGCAUCUAA